CGUCUACCCGCGGUGACGCGCUCUAUCAUGCGGGCAAAUCUGUGGCCCGGUUUGAUCGCUUUCCUGUAGUGCCUUCCCAUCGAUCGAGUAGAAUCGCUUCGUAGGAUUUUCGAAUUCUCUCAAGAAUACAAUGCCCCGUAAGGCGAUGAAGGUCGUAGUAGAGUUAGAUAUCCACACGGUGACAUGCCCGGGAACAUUCCUACGAGAUUACGGCUAUGUUUAUCUCAAAGUAAACUGCAUGGGUUUAGAAGUUAACACGAAGUCCGUAGCCCCAACUUUUCCCUUGUUCUUCCACGAACGUCUGCGAUUCGAACGGGUUUUCAAAAGCUGCCAAGACCCAGCGUAUGUCACUGUUCACCUCAAAGGUGAAGACGUAUUGGUAGAAUUGAGACAACAUGAUGACUAUAUUUCAGAUGGCUAUGUCAUCGGUCAUUAUGCCAACAAUGCACGAGACUUCUUAUACCCGGCUGUGCCACCUUAUCCAGGGUCUGGGCGCGAAGUCACCCUUUUCAAGACAUCUCUUUUUAACCCUAUUAGAAUAACAGGUCAGCCAUUGAGGUUAGAGUUUUCCACUAAGACGACCAUCAAAGAGGUCCCAGACCCUUUGGACUAUGUAUCUUCUGAUUCUGGUGUUGAUGAUCUCCUGACAAACAGCACAUUUAGCACCAGUCGCCGGUCAAUCAGUCCCUUGGGCUCUAAACACAUGUCACGCUCUCCCUCUCCGUCACGCCGCAAACUCACCAGUACUCCUAGACCUGAUGAUACCGUUGUGAAUCACAAGAAACCAUUUCUUGUGCGGCACAAGGAUAACAGUUUGUUGGAAAAUCGUGACUUUAGUUCUUUUGCUCGUCCAAAGCCACGAAGGACAAGAUCCAAGUCACCCACCAGGAGGCCGCGAUCAACUUCACCAUCCCGACUUGGGACGUCUAGUGUACUUCCAUUACCAGCUUGGAAAUACUCAGAAGAUUUUCCUUCAAGUUCAACAACUCGACACAAAGCUCACUCUCGCUCAGCCACGGCCCCUAUGUCUCUGUCCCAGUCUUAUCGGCCAUCUAGUCCAUCUCGAAGUCUGAGUUAUGCACUAGACGACCUCAACAUCUCAACAAAUUCCUGGAAAAACUUCAGUGACCCAGUUCUGCGCUUCAAGAGUAGAUAUUCACCCAAUCUGAGGGCUGCCCUUGGAGCGUCAGACCGCAUUCAACAACGAGUGGAAAAGGUCAUCGAAGGGAAAAGCCCCAGGAAGUUUUCUGAAGACUCAGAUAAUGAAAGUGUAGAUUCCUUGGAUGUUCUCAGGGAGUCUCUACGAGAAGAGAGAAGAGCACUGAGUGAUGCCAUACGAGAGGCUGACAGAGCGGCGUACUACAAAUCCUUGGGAAUUGAUUUAUGAUCCACUUCAGCUUCACUGACGUAUUUUCUAAAAAGAGGUUUCACUGUGAAGAAAACUCUUCGUGUUCAGUCCGAAUGGAAGAUGUGUAGAAGCCAUUGAAGUUUUGCCGGCAUUUUUUUUUUUAAUUUAUUGUACAUGAAUGAUAUUCGCGAGAUUUAUCGAGAGUUUUUUAACCGACAUAUUAACUGCCCUGAGAUGAUUAACUCUAUGUCCAUUCUUCGCACUUGCAUGAACUUCCUACUUAGCUGUAAGAUCAAAGAGGUCGUUUUAGGAGCCUAAAAUUAUUCCUACUUUCAAAUCAGCCAUUUUAUAUAUAUUUAUUUUGUCAAAACCAUACAAAACUGUGUUAUUAAUCUAGAGAUGUGCGUCAUUAUAAGAAGUGUUAGGGUGAAUCUGGAUGUACACGUGAUUUUUAAGUGAUGCCAAUCCCAUAGCGCAUGGGUAAUGGAUGGAUUUGAAAAAGUUGUGUAAAUUAAUAAAGUUAUGUAAAUCAGUGAG